GCAGCAUACGUGCGUAUUGCGACGAACACACAGCCGUAGUGCGAGAGGUGCAAAAACAUGACAGCGUUUAGUGUUUGUUUAUAAUCGAUUCACACCAGGCAGCAGCGACCAGGGCAGGAUGAGGCCAAUACAGUGCUCACACGCAUAAAAGAUUUCGUUUUGCACUCUUUCCCGGGGCGAGAAGCAACAUUGGCCAGCAAUUGCCAGCAUCCUGGUGGUGGCUCUAAAAAUAAGAAAUUCACUCACCGAGGGGGAGCGUGCGUGCGUGCGUGGUAUUGGUGAUGCUUCCGAACUGUGGCAAAUUUUGGCAAUGUCAUUCGAAGGUUUCCUGCCCUAGGUGAGGUGGAGCGGAAGAAGUGAGCUGCACUUUUGCAGCUGCUGCAAAAUAAUUACGUUCUAAUUGCACGUCUGACGCGGGGUGUGCUCGCGUACCAGGAGCGGGUCCCCUCCCUUUCCUCCCGUGUCUGGCUCUUGUUGCCGUUUGUGUGUGCGCGCGCGUCGUGUGUGCUUCCCCGACCAGUUCUCCGAUGGGUGACGAGCUGGACAUGAACUUUGGGGGAUUGCGGGACAAGAAUGAGAUCAUCCGAAAGUACGUGGAUAAUCUGAACCGCCUGCGGGUGCUGGCCGCACGGCGCGGCCAGAUCAGCGAGCCCGAGUUCAACAACUACCUGAUCCGGCACUACUUCCACAACAACAACAUCAUCAACUACAUCUUCGACAAGCACACGAGCCGCACCCUGCUGAAGACGGUGAUCGAGCGGAAGAAGAAGAUCAUCAACUUUAUCUUCGUGCUGCUGACGCUGUUCGUCGUGUUCUCGUACAAGCACGAGGUGUCGACGGUGGUGCUGCGCAACAUCCAGAGCUUCAUCUACCCGGGGAUGCGGUUCUGGCGGAAGGCGACCGUACCGAUCAUCGCGUCCUAUCCGGCACUGAGCGAGUACUACGACGAAAGCUGCCUGCUGACCAAUCCGUACUUUCAGGUGGAAAACCUCAACUGUGAUCCGUGCGCGGACGUGGCCAACGUGCUCGACUUUACCUCGGUGCCGAACGAGGUGCCGCGCUCGUCGCUGGUCGCCUCGGCCGCCGUCAAUUAUCCGUACAUCUUCAAGACGCAGAAGGAGCUGGUCGACAUCGGCAGCCUACAGGCGCUGGUCGAGCAGCACCGGUCUGUCUUCACCAAGGACGCGUACCGGGUGCAGUCGACCGACGAGGCCAUCCACAAUCUGGACGAUCUGUUUCGCGUGUUUGCGAACGUGAGCGAGCGCAGCUCCGGUGGGCAGGGCGGGGGUUCCACCAUGGGGACGCGCGAAAGCCACAACGUGUGGCGCUGCAAUCGGAUGGAACCGGCCCGGCUGUUGCGGCGGUUGUUUCCCCGCCCGAAUCGGCUGCCGGCGACGGGCGUCAGCUUGGAGCGGUUCCUGCUAAUCGACACACCGCAGGCACCGCUGUACAGUGUGCCCGAUGCGGAGUGUGCCAACAUGUUCGUGAUUCAGGGCAGUGGCAGCAGGACGUUUAUGCUGCGGCCGACGCAAGAGUGUAGGCACCGCUGCCGGACACUUUCCGUGCGAUUGCCACCGUACUAUGGACUAAUUUACAACUGGUGGUACUGGAGGCCAGUAUCGUUACCCGAGUUCACCGCCAAAACCCCAUCGAUUAGCUAUGUAGGCAGUUAUUGCUGAGAGGUGCGGCGUCGUCCAGCACAAUGCGCACCAUUGCGCACUUGAACCUGAUGUGAAGCAACGGAACCGAUUUGCAUUUAUAGCAAGUUGCAGAAUAGGAUUCUUUCUUUUCGCUGCGGCGUGUUAUGGGUCAGAGCGUUAGCGUUACUAGGGAGAGAGAGAGAGCGGCCGAGUCAAGGAAGAAGCAUUACGUGUCCUUUUGUACGCAAGAAGACAACCGGAAUUUCCAAAGAGUGCAUAGAGAGAGAGAGAGAGGGAUAGAGUAGGUCACGUUUGUGUUGAAUUAAUUUGAUAUUUUAUAAUUCUUUUGCGCAUUAAUGCACCAUGUUUGGAACCAAAAAGAAAGGAGGGAAGCUAAAUUAAACUUAGCGAGAGAAUCUACAAAAGGUGAUUGAACCCGCGAGCCUAACUAACGUAGGUAAUACAAUAGAGCAAACCCCCAGUAAAUGAGAUGUUGUAUAUAUAUAAGUAGGAAUGAGUGUAUAUUAUUAUAUAUCAAAAGUGAACACACACGCAUAUACCUAAAGAGCACACUCAUAAUCUAAUACCGCAUACCGCAUACCGGCAUAAGCCGCAGCUAAAGGCACAAAGUGAAAUCGAACGAUUGUUUUUUUUCUGUUUGUAGCAUACCAUCCGGAUUACACGGAAGUGGCACA